AUGCUUGUAUUUUUACCAUUCAUUGUCACCUUGGGUGCAACAGCGCCAAUAGUGAUAAAUACAGUCGUAAUCACUCAAACUUAUGGGGUAAAUCAGAACUUGCAAACUGCUCAGACCCAAAUUGCACAAACAACUGCAUCACCUGUGCAAACUGCUCAAAUUGAAUCAGUACAAACUGCCAGUACCAGUCGUUACAAUAUAUUUGGAGAUAUUGCUCAACUUUUCGGUUUUGGAUCUUCGUCGGCUGCAUCAGAUGUGGCAACCACUACACCAGCUGCUGUCACUACAUCACCCUUAGUAGCCACCACUGCAGCCACAGCAGUUACAACAUCACAAGUUUCUGGAACUGCAGUACCCACUACAGCACUGGAUAUUAUAUCAAUUUCACCACUGCCGUUGUCUGUACCCCAACUGGCUUCUCAAGCACCAAUUUUGUCAGACAUCUCCUCCACGCAGACAUAUUCGGCAACCGCUGCUCUGGUAUCAGCUCAGUCAUCAAACUUUGUUCUUGACGAAGCUGUCUCCUCCACACCACAAUCAGGCAACUCCUAUUUAACAACCGUCAACAAGCUUUGGCAAAGAUUUUGGGAGAAUGGAAAAUGGAAUCAAGAGGAUAGCAUUUGUCAAGAUGAUUCUUAUGAAAUACCUUCAAUUUGGGAUAUGGCAGUAUUGGGCAAAGCCAUAGCAGACUCAGGUGACAGUGAUGGGGUUGAGACUACAAUUUCCCGGAUUUUGGAGUAUUACGACUCAACCACUGGUGCAUUUUCGUCGACUCCCAAUUCGCCACUGGAAAUCUAUAGUGAUGAUAACUCGCAAUUAUUAUGGGUGUUUCUCGAUGCUUACAAAAUGACAAACAACCAGAAUUAUUUGAAAUAUGCAGAAGGUAUCAUGGACUAUUUAAAAACGCAGAAUUAUCAAAAUACUGGUGGAAUCAUUUGGAAAAGAGACCAAUCUUAUAUUGCCUCGAUUUCUACAACAGAGGUUGCUUUAAGUGCAAUGAGAUUGUAUGAGGUCAACGGUGAUGAGUCUUUGGUUGAGUUAGCGCAAAGUUGUAUGAAUUUCAUGUUUAAAUACUUGCAAGACACCGACAACUUAUUUUUUGAUGGUUUGGAUUCUGGCUCUUUCUCACCCAACAAAGGUAAAUUGACCUACACUGUUGGUUGUGCAAUCAGCACCUUAAUUAAACUUGGAACACAAGAUGCAUUGGAAAAAGCGUUAGAUUUAGCUAAAGCUGCAACAAAUCAAGAUGGUGCAUUUUACACUCCUGAAGGGAUCUGGAAUAACAGUCUCCAAUAUGUUCAUUUGCUAUUUGUUGGUUUUGGUGAUGCCUUUGGCACUGGAAAAUUUGAUCAAUUUAAAGAUGAAGUAACAAGACAAGGAAAUUAUAUCUACGAGUUUGUUCAAGAUCCUGAUGAUGCGAACCUUUACUUUGAUCUGGCCACUAGUGGAACACCGAAUACUUAUGCUAAAUAUGCCAAAGUUUUUUCUACAUCUGGAGCUACAUAUAAAUCCGAUGAGGAUCUUUAUUGCAGUGGAAGCUCGUCGGGACCAUCUCCAAAAAGUUUGUUGACAAAUGCCAGUGCAGGUCAAAUCUUGUACCAAUUGGCAAAUUAUUGA